UGAUGUGGCUGCUGGAAAAAUGGUUGCAGUGGCCGAUCAAGUUGCUCUUGUUGAUGUGGUUGCUGAAAAAAUGGUUGCAGUGGCUGAUGUCGCAGGAAAUUCUAACAAUGUCGAGGUCAAUUGCGAUGAUGUUGUUGACGAAAAUUUUGUUGCAGCUGCAAACAAAGGAACUUAUGGUAGAAAUAAAAACAUAUUUGGUGAGGGUACGGGAGUACCUAUGGUUGAUCAAGUUGCUCUUGUUGAAGAGAGACAAACAAAAGAAAAGGUAGAGGGUCUGACCUCUAAUGAUCUGGGUGUUGAAAAUGUUCUGACCUCUAAUGAUGUAGGUGUUGAAAAUGUUGGUCACGGUGAUGUCUUGGACUCACCAAUUCAUCAGUUUUCACUGAUGCAAUAUACGGACAACAGUCCUUCCUCAAGAGUCCCGGAGACACAAUUUGAUGUGGUGAGCCCAAAUUUUGGGAAGACUGCGGUCGUCUUACAUGCGGAAGUUGACAUGGUAGAUGAAGCAAUGGUGCAGCUGGAAGGCGAGUAUACUCCCGUAAAAUCUAAAAAGGCCAAAGCUGCUACUGUUAUCCAGGCGCGCAAGUCUACAAGACUUGGAAAAGGGCAAUCAGGAACGUCUUCUAGGAAGGAAUUAUUCUGAAAGGCUUCAAUAAUAACUUCAUCACUUUGAUUCCCAAAGUUGAGGGUGCUAAGUCUCUAGAUUUGUUUAGACCAAUCUGUAUGGGAAACUUCAUCUUCAAGAUCAUUAUGAAAAUUAUGGCUUCAAGACUGGCAUCCUUACUUCCCAAAUUGAUAUCUGAGGAGCAAGGGGCUUUCUAAAAGGGUAAAGUUAUUUUUUCAAACAUUUCCCCUGCAUCUGAACUGGCCAAUGUAAUUCCUAUUAAGUCUCGUGGUGGGUCUAUGAGAAUUAAAAUUGAUAUACAAAAGGCUUAUGAUUCCCUGGAAUGGGAAUUUCUUUUUGAUGUAUUGGAAAAUUUUGGUUUUUGUGAUAAGUGGAUUCAUUGUGUCCGACAAAUUUUAA